AUGUCAGUUAAAUUACAAGACUUGGUCAACUCUUUAAUUCAAAGUGCCCCAUCAACCGAGCUAAGCAAAGUUGUUGAAAACUUGCGUGUCAUUUCCAAUGCUUCGAAAUCUACCCUUGAAGAUGCCAUAACUCAGUAUAUUAAUGGUCAUCCAAUUGCUAUAUCGAGCUACAUAAUUAGCAAAUACAAUAAGGAUCCUGUAUCUUCCAAGUACAUUGAUUUUGUAAGAGGUCAAAAAUUCAAUUUUGAUGUUGUAGCAAACGAUAUUAUUGAUGUUGAAUCUUACGAUGAUGGAGCUUCAAUUGAUAAAAAACUUGCCAGCAAACUAGGCCAAUACGGUACCGAUUGUUACCAGGACUUUUCAUUUACUAUCAUUCCCGAAUCUCAAGACGACGCUAUGCGGAUCAUUAUCAUUGGCCAGAAACAAAAUCAGAGCAAUUUCUACACCGGGGUAUGGAAGAGUGAAUAUUAUGUGAAAGACAGCCAGAUUACGGGUGAAAUUGCAUUGGAUAUACACUAUUUCGAAGAUGGGAAUGUUAGAUUAAAAUACAGCAAUGACGACAUAUCCGGAACUGUGACUGAUGAGAGUUCAAUUGUUAACUUUAUCAAUAAACAAGAGACUAAAAUUGAAACAAAAUUAGUAGAUCAGUUUCAAAUGUUGAACCAGCAGUCCUUCAAAAAGUUGAGAAGAUUGUUGCCUAUUACCAGGUCCAAGAUCAACUGGGGUAACGCCAUUGGGAAUUAUAGAUUGGGUUCUGAUGUCGUUAAAAAGUAG